AUGGAGACACUCUUCAGACCUGAACAUAUUCAUUUCCGUUAUCAUCGCUCUCAAGUUUCAACUCUCAAACUUCUCCUUUCCGACCGUGCUUCCUCUCCUUCCACAUCCGUUUCAUUAUCUUCUAACGUUUCAAGCACAAGCACUGCAGCUGUCAAUUCCAUAAAUAAUACUGCCACUUCUAAUAUUCAAGAAAGUACUGCAACAACCAAUACUACAAAUCAACUCUCGCCACAACCUUCAGGUAGAAGUAGACGACAACCAACCUCGUCAAGAUGUGUCUCUCCAUACAAAUCUCCCAACACUUCAGGAAGACUGAAGGCAACGAUUGCUAAGGGUGUGAAGGAACAAGAAGCUGCCAUAGACAAUGGUAGUGCUUCUCUGUAUGCUGAAAAAUUCGAGCAAUAUGCCGAGAUGAAAAAAGCUAGCUUGGAUUGCAUCAACAAGCUCAACUCACUCUACAAUAGCGUUGAAAUUGGAGUCAAAGAGCUUUCAAGUUUGUGGGAAAUGUUGACAGAAAUUGAUGAACAACAACCAGGAUCCCUCUUCUUGAUGGACUUUGAAGAGGAUGGCGAUGACGACAUUGUUCCACCAAAUUUUUCCAUGUCUAACAGCAACACAUUUGAUACAUCAAACAGCAGUAAGGUAAACCUUAAGACGCAGCGGCUUCAAAUUUGUGAACAAGUAACCAAACUGAUUAAUAUCGAGAGCACUUUAUUGAAUUUGGUUGAGUCACAUCAGAACAUGUUAGAGAGUAAUUUUGGCUUUUCAUUCCAAGCCAGAGAAGAACUAGAGCGUGCAAGCUCAACAGGCUCGUUACCCAUUCUCAAGAAACUUCCAAGCUCGAAUUUCAAAGAUAUCAUGGAUUACAUUGACUUUCCAAGUCACAUUCAGAGAACCGUCACAUGCUCUAAACUUUUUGAAACGACACGAAAGAUAAUUGUUCCAAACGAGGAAGAAGCAAGUGAAGCCUCGGUUGUGGAACUUGACGUUGUAGGUAUUACUGGGGCGUCCCCACUCAUUCGUUCACUUCCAUCUACAACCUUCCAAAAUAAUACCUCAAACUCAAAGGUUAAAUGGAGAGAAUAUAUUCGAUUGGAAAAGCUCAACAAGAAAUUUCAAAAGAAGUUAAACGAAUUUGAAGAGGUUAUUAUUCAGUUUGUCCAACUCAAGCAGCAAUAUAGUUGA